AGUGGUUUACAAUAAUUGAAGGCGAUCCUGCGGGCAGGCGCGAACACCGAACAGUCGGCCGCAUACGCUUGGACCACUCGCUUGGACAACAUCCACCAGCCGACCAACGACCACUCCCGGAGCCGUCGUCACUCAUCUUGUACCAUUCACCAUGUCUGCUCAAAACUCUGCUGGAAUCCAAACGCUGCUCGACAAGAUUGUCCAACAAGCUAGAGAGUACCGCACCAAGCGCGUAAAGGACGCUCGCUCAGAAGCUCAAAAGGAAAUCGACGAAUACCGCAACAAGAAGGAGGAAGAGUUCAAGCAGUUCUCAACACAGCACACCAGCGGUAACGAGCAGGCCGAGAAGGAUGCUUCCAAAGACACAGAUGAGAAGUUGAAGGAGAUCAAGAGCAUUGGAGACAAGGAGGGCAGCACCGUCGUCGAGAACCUGCUACGCGCCGUCACCGAUGUCAAGCCUCAAGUCCCCGACAGAAUCGAGCAGCCCGUCGCAUGAUCAUCCUGACUUGUGCUGGUGCUUGUAAUCACGUCCCCUGCUUUUCCCGCCGCUCUGCUUUUUCAUCGUUGUAGAUAUCCUCCUUCGAAUCAUAGAUUGAUCUUCACCAAUGAGACAUGUUCCUCGAGUCUACCAAUUACU